AAUUAAUUAAAUAGAUUAAUUUUUAUUUUUGGGUGGAAAUAUAAAUAUUUAUGGCGUUGGAAAACCAAAAGGUAUUUUGUUGAAGACGAACCAGAUCGAAGCUCUCAAACUCAAACUCUCUUCUUCCAAUGGCUGAUCCUGAAUUGGAAGCUAUCAGACAGAGAAGAAUGCAGGAGCUUAUGGCUCAGCAUGGCAUGGCAAAUCAAUCAAAUCCUGAACAGCAGAAUGCACAAGAAGAUGCUAAGAGAGAGGCAGAUGAACGAAGGCAGAUGAUGCUUAGUCAAAUUUUAUCUUCUGAAGCACGUGAAAGAAUUGCUCGAAUCGCUCUGGUGAAACCCGAGAAAGCAAGGGGCGUCGAAGAUGUUUUGCUGAGAGCUGCUCAAAUGGGCCAAAUUGCUGAAAAGGUUUCCGAAGAAAGACUGAUAACACUAUUGGAACAAAUCAACAGCCAAACAAGCAAACAAACCAAAGUCACAAUUCAGAGGCGUCGGAGUGUUCUUGAGGACGAUGAUUGAUUAAAAAACACAGGCUUGAUAAUGUGUGUGAUUAUUAUUGACACUAUGAAGUGCUUUGAUUUUGUAUCUAAAAAUGAUUUCUAUGUAGUGAGUUGUGAAAACAUUUUGACUGUAUUUAUGCUUCUGCUAUUUCCUUUUGGUUAUCCUAGAAACUUCCAUAUUUCGAAUCCAGAGCAUAUGUAUUCCUAAUUUUUUUUUCAAAUGAAUUUCAUAACUUUUAAAAGAUGAA